CAUCAAUCGGGACCAUCUGCUCCAGGACCCAUUCAGGAAACCGUUCACCCAGGUCCUGUUUAUCCAGCUGAUCAUCACGAACAUCAGGUGCAGCACCAGGAGAAUCAUCAGAAUCACCAGGUGCUUCAUGAGAUUGAACAUGAACCUCAUAUCCCGCACGAUCAUCAUGAUCAUUCCCCCUCUCUGCCACCUUAUCAUGUGGAAAAAGGCGUAGAGCACGACCAUCAUGUGGUGGAGAAGCACAUACCCAUUCCGUAUGCCGUGCCACAACCCGUACCCGUUCCCGUCCACGUCGAGCACUACGUGGAUCGACCUUAUCCUGUUGAGACGAUAGUCGAACACCCUGUUCCAUAUCCCGUGGAGAGGGUGGUGGAGAAGAUUGUGGAGAAGCAUGUGCCCGUCGAGGUGGAGCGCAUCGUAGAGAAACCAGUGCAUGUGGAGAAGAUUGUGGAGAAAUUCGUUGACCGCCCAAUGGCCAUUCCGAUCCAUGUACCCGUGGCCAUUCAUAUGCCCAUGCCGCCAGGACACUCCUCACUGGCAUUUUCUCAUCAUGGCCACCCCAAUGCUCUGACUCCCUGGUCUCAUUCAGUGGCCCACAUUCCACCGAAGGUGCUGCAGAACUACUACACCAGGAUGCUGAAGAAGUUGCUCCCACAACUGACGGCCAAAACCCCUGCCCAGCCUUCCACAAAAGCGGUCAAGCUGAGUAAGCCGGUGGCAGCUGUCAAGCAGCCGGUGAAGCCCGUGAGGGGAGAGGCGCCCAAGGUCGCCACUUUCAGUUUGGCGGAUAUGAAAUUCGACCUUCGACCUCCGCCACCGCCGCAGGGAUCGCCUUGGUUGCAGGGUGCCCGUUAUAUUUACAACACCCUCCCCGCCGACUUGGCCACCGCCGCUGCCUCGGCCCCCGUUCAAAUGGUUAAGACCUACAUUGGCGCCAUUCCAGCCACAAGCACUGGCAACUCUGGCAACGGGGAUUCCUCGCUCACCAACGAGUUCGAUGAGUUUCAGCGAUGGCGCAAUGGGCAUUCCCUUAAACGUAGUCCAGACUUUGGGCGUAACCUUCAACUGGAAUACGGUUUCAAGCCCCCUUUGGUGCCUUCCAUGGAAAUCGAUGACAAGGGGAAUCCCCUCAAGACGGCUGAGCAAACGGAGGCGCAGUGAAAGCGUUAGUUAAGCAAAGGAAAGGGGAGGAAAAGCGUGCCAAAAUAUAAUGCUAUAGUAAUUAU